AUGUCGGCUAGAGCGAGAAAGAGCAAGCAAGCCGAGCAUUCGAAAACGGAUUCUCCCCAAAAGUCCACGGCAGCUGAUCGUUCACAUGUGUCUGUUUCUUCGGAGUAUUCUCGCGAAUCUUUCACUCCAUCACGCAGGCGUGAGCGCUCUGUCAGUCCAUUAAACAUCACCCGUUCCGAUGAGAAGGAGGAGCUGGCUAGUUUGAACGACCGUUUAGCACAGUAUAUAGAUUAUGUGCGCAAGCUAGAGAAGGACAAAGAAACCAUGAAGAGAAAGAUGCAGUCCAUAACUGAGGAACGGAUCUCUAGAGUUGACGAGGCCCGGAGUACUUACGAGGACGAGAUCGCCUCCCUGCGUGCGCUGGUGGACGACUUAGCAAAGCAGAAAGCGGCGACUGAUAUGGAAUUGAAAAAACAUAGAGAUGAUGCAGCUGAUGCUAAGAACAAGUUAGCUAGGCGAGACCUGGAGGCCCGUGGCUUGCAGCGCAAAAUUGAUGCCCUUGAGCAUGAUCUUUCUGCCUUCAGGGACGAUCACGAAUGCUACCAGCGCCUGAAGCCAGAAUAUGAUAACCUGGAGAAGCGCCUGGAAGCUAUGCGACGUGAUCUUGAGGCUGAAACUAUCCUCCGAACUGAUCUAGAAAAUAAGGUUGCUGGUCUGCGGGAAGAACUUGAUUUCAAAAACCGUCUCUUUGACGAGGAACGUCAAAAGCUCGUCAGUCGAACUCUCACAAUUGAGGAGGAGAUUGAGGAUCGGAAGGCCGCCGAAUACGAAAGUCGUCUGGCCGAUGAACUUUUAUCGUUCCGUCAGCAGACUGGCGACGAGUUACAGGUGUAUCGAACUCAGAUGGAAAAUACUUUCCAGGCAACGCAGAAGAAGCUCGAUGAAUUACGGGCCGCUAAUUCGAACGCCUCUGACGAGUCAGUGAGACUUCGGGAUGAAAUCGUCGUUGUGAGAAAGCGAGCUGACGAUCUAACUCACGAGUUAGCCAAGAAGUCGGGUGAGGUAGAUCUCCUGAACAGACGAUUGUCCGACCUGGAGCGUAUGCUACGUCUGCAGCGCGAGGACUUCGAGGCUCAAUUGCAAGAAAAGCGCGCAGAAGUAAAACGCCUGCAAGAUGAAUUGGAGCAGCGUUUCGGUGAAUUUACGGACCUCAUGAAUACCAAGAUCGCCCUGGACCAGGAAAUCCUUAUGUACCGAAAGAUGCUCGAGGGUGAAGAGUCUCGACUCAAUAUCCAGUCACCUUCGCGCGAUUCAGCCUUCCACUUGUCGAGCAAAAAGCGUCGUCUUGAUGUUGAUUACGACGAUGAAACGUCUAGUUCUGAGCUGCCUGAGACCAGCUCCACCGCCCGUUACUCCUUCAGAGUCUCCACCUCAGCAACCGGUGGAGUUGAAUUCUCGAGCGAACAGGACGGUCAGGGAAGAUGGGUUAAGCUCGUAAACUCGUCUGAUGAGGAGAUCAGCCUGGGUAAUUGGGUCCUCAAACACCAAGCCGAUGGCCGUGACUGCAGCUUCAAAUUCCACCGUUCCGUGACUCUAAAGCCUGCUGUUACCUGCACUAUCUGGAGCAGUGAUGCGGGCGCCACACACAACCCACCCAAGGACAUUGUUAUGAAGAACCAGGCCUUCAACUCGGGUGGAAACAUCAGCAUAACCCUCACGGAUUCCGACGCAAAGGUGAGUAGUGGUUGUUGUAAUGCCCCAAACUGCUACCGCUUUAUUUGCACACCCUCUUUUUUUUCUGCCGGUUAG